AUGGCAUCAUCACGAUGGUGGCUCUAUGUGCAGGCCGUCUUUUGGCGGUUCCUGAUGCGUAUCGGCAUGUUUUUACACGAGAUUGGGCCACCUCGGCCCCCUCGACCGUUGUUUACCCGCACCGUCACCUCCGACGACACUCCAUGUCCCCCCGUUGUCCUUCACUUCUACUGUCCCCCAAACUAUCAUGAGCAGCGACGCCGGGGUCAUCGCUUUCCGGUCGCGGUCAAUUUUCACGGUGGUGGCUUUACUCUCGGCGCUGCCACGGACGAUGCUCGUUGGGCAAAGGCCGUCCUGGACAAUGUUGGAGCCGUCAUGGUGAGUGUCAGCUACCGACGCGCCCCGGAGCAUCCCUUCCCUGCAGCUGUAGACGACGGCGUCGAGGCACUGUUAUAUCUAGCCAGAAAUGCGGGCGAAUUGGGAUUGGAUGUGAGCCGUGUAGCACUGAGCGGGUUCUCGGCAGGCGGCAACCUGGCCGUUACAGUGCCGUUACGGCUCCGCGGCCGUGUAUCAACGGAAGUAAAAGAACAUCUAGGCCGGGCAGAUUCAACGCAGAAUUUGCUCAACCAGGUCCAUGACCUCAACAUCGUUGCUCUGUUUUGUUGGUACCCGAUUCUGGAUUUCCAAGAAUCUCGCGACCACCGCCGCGCUAUGAGUUUGAUGCCGGACAAGACUCUCCCGGCCUUUUUCACCAAUCUCUUCGACGAGUCCUAUCUCCCUGAUUUGAAAGAACGAGCCUCUCCCUUUGCCUCUCCCGUCCGCGCAUCCGAUCGCAUCCUGUCCGAGGCCCUUCCCCGCGAUGUCUUCUUGUUCAUCUGUGAAUGGGACAUGUUGAUGAACGAAGGCCAGUCUUUCGUUCGCCGUUUAGAAAGCCUCGGCAAACGUCCUCGUGCCAUGCUUAUUGAGAAAGCCCGACAUGCGUGGGAUAAGUCACCCAACCCAUGGCGCGACCAGAACAGCGUCGACAUUUUGUACCGCGACGCCUGUGCGGAUAUGAAGGCGAUCUUCGACCGGUGA